AUGGAGACUACAGUGCCAGCUACAACAGAGAAAAAGGAGUGCAAGGGAUCGGGCCUUGAUGGUAGCAGUUUUUCAGACCUUCCCAAGAAGCCAUCGCCUUCAACAGUGACACGAGCUCCUCACCCUAUAUUUCCAACUUUCCACACUCCAAUCCCAAUUGACAUGCGUCAUCAUGAGGGAAGGUACCAUUAUGAACCACACCCGCUCCACUCUGUGCAUGGACCUCCUGGAAUAACAGGCAGUCCUGUCAUCUCUGAUAUCUCACUCAUCCGGCUGUCUCCUCAUGCGGCUGCCACCGGCGAGUCGCCUUUCAGCCCUCCUCACCCUUACGUCAACCCUCAUAUGGAGCACUACCUCCGCUCCAUGCACAGCAGCCCAACCCUGUCCAUGAUGUCAGCCGCACGCGGCCUGAGCCCGACAGACGUGUCACACGAACAGCUGAAAGAGAGGGGUCUUUUUAAUCUGCCUGCUCCUCCACCUGGGACCAACCCUGCAGAGUACUACCACCUGAUGGCCAGUCAUCGCAGUCCCUACGGAGAACUGCUCAUGCAGACGGGUGCAGGAGCAGCUGCAGCUGCAGCUGCGCAUCUAACAGACUACAUCAGCCCUGUGGACAUGUCACGUUUUCCAAGCCCCAGACUGACGCCCAGGCUGAGCCGUAAGCGAGCCCUGUCCAUCUCGCCCAUCUCAGAUGCCAGCAUCGACCUGCAGACCAUGAUCCGCACUUCACCCAACUCUCUGGUGGCAUACAUCAACAACUCCCGCUCUAGCUCAGCAGCCAGCAGCUCCUACGGGCACCUCUCUGUAGGCGGCAUCAGUCCCUCUUUUGCCUUCCCACAUCCAAUAACACCUGUGGCAUACCAGCAACUGCUCUCACAGCAGAGAGGUCUGAGUGCAUUUGGGCACACACCUCCCCUUCUCCAACCUUCUCCCUCCUUCUCCAACCGUCAGCAGUUACUAGGUGCUACUGCUGCCCACACCGCCAACACCAACGCCAGCUCGGAGUCCAACCAGAACUCCAGUGGGGAUUCAGCCGUCAGCAGCACUGUGAGCCCCAUGGUCACCAAGAAGUCAAAAGUGAAAACGGAAAUGGAUGGGCCACGCCCCAUCUCGCCUUGCUCCCAGGACCACAUGGACUUGAGGGAAGAGCUGGAUAAGGAUGACUGUAAACAGGAGCCAGAAGCUGUGUACGAGACCAACUGUCACUGGGAGGGCUGUACCAAGGAGUAUGACACACAGGACCAGCUCGUGCAUCACAUUAAUAAUGAUCACAUUCAUGGUGAGAAGAAAGAGUUUGUGUGUCGCUGGGAGGAGUGUUCACGAGAACAGAAGCCUUUCAAAGCCCAGUAUAUGCUGGUGGUGCACAUGCGGCGACACACAGGAGAGAAACCACACAAAUGCACAUUUGAGGGCUGCUCAAAGGCUUACUCUCGACUGGAAAAUCUGAAGACCCACUUGAGGUCUCACACAGGGGAGAAGCCUUAUGUGUGUGAGCAUGAGGGCUGCAAUAAGGCCUUUUCCAACGCCUCAGACCGGGCCAAGCACCAGAACCGCACACAUUCCAAUGAGAAACCAUAUGUGUGCAAGAUCCCAGGAUGCACAAAGCGAUACACAGAUCCCAGUUCUCUCAGGAAGCAUGUAAAAACAGUUCAUGGGCCAGAGGCUCAUGUCACAAAGAAGCAGCGUGCUGAUGCCCCUAACAGACCCCAAGCCCCUAAAGGGAAUGGGGAGAGUGAGGCUAGCACCAAGCAGGGUGGACGGGGAUCAGAUGGGUCUCUGGAGGCCAACAGCACCACCAGAGGUGCGGAGGACUGCCUGAAGGUCAAAUCUGUUAAGACAGAGAAUUCAAUGAUGUAUCAGUCCAGCCCUGGUGGUCACUCAUCAUGUAGUAGCGAACCAUCACCACUUGGCAGUGCCACCAACAAUGACAGCGGAGUAGAGAUGGCUAUUCACAGCGGGGGCAGUUUGGGGGACCUGAGUGCUUUGGAUGACCCCCCUGUGGUGGACUCCACUGGCUCACCAGGGACCACGUUAGGAGUAGGCCUCCAACUACGUAAAAACAGGGGGACCCUUCUACAGUUGGACCACCUCAAGAAAGAAAAAUUGAAGACUGUGAGAGACUCAUGUUCCUGGGCUAAUUCCAUUCCUCAAGUCCAAAAUACCAAGCUGCCUCCCAUUCCAGCUGUUGGGUCAUUGCUGGAGAGUUCAAGUUUGGCCCCCCCAGGUGCUGGGCUGUCUGGGCAACGCCUUGGUGAUCCUUGUGAGAUGACUGUUUUGAGUCAACUAAAAGAGCGCAGGGAUAGCACCACAAGCACUGUUAGCUCAGCUUACACUCUCAGCCGAAGGUCCUCAGGCAUCUCCCCCUGCUAUUCCAGCCGCCGCUCCAGUGAGACUUCACAGUUUGGCGGUCGCCACAACAAUGUCAGCUCAGCCGACUCAUACGACCCUAUCUCCACUGACUUGUCUCGAAGGUCCAGUGAAGCCAGCCAGUGUGGUGGUGGUGGAGGUGGGCUCCCUAGCUUGCUCAGUCUCACCCCUGCUCAACACUACCGUCUGAAGGCUAAAUAUGCUGCUGCCACAGGUGGGGCUCCACCAACACCUCUGCCCAACAUGGACCGAAUGAGCCUCAAGACCAGGAUGGCCCUGUAUGGUGACUCUCAGGAGAGUUCUUCCCAUAUGUUUCAUGCCCCUGCUGCAGCUACAUCAAGACGCUGCAGCGAUAUAAACUAUGGUGCUCCUGGCAUGAUGCCUCAUGAAGUCCCAGGCAAUCUCCCAAGACGGGCAAGUGAUCCUGUCCGUCGUCAAACGCUGGAUCCUCUCUCUCUGCCAAGAGUCCAGCGCUAUAACAGCGUGAGCAACAUGAACUUUUCACGUUUACCUGCAGCUGAACGCCGUGGUCUGACCCUUCAAAGCAGUACCUGGUCUGAUGGCAGCUUGCAUCGUCAACCCUUCAUCCAAAGGCCACCAAGCAUCUCAGAGAAUGUUGUCAUGGAAAAUAUGGCCAUUGAUGGAGUUCAACAGGUGGAGGAUGAUAUAGUGCUUCCAGAUGAUGUUGUGCAGUACCUCAGGUCUCAGAAUGUUGGCAUGACUCAGGACACAGGAGUGGCUUACAAUAAUGGCCUGUCACAAGAUUUCCAUGGCAACAUGACCUCACAACAACAGCAACAAUUUUAUGGACAGCAACGUAUGGCAACAGUAGAUGAAAACAUGAACCUCUCUGCACAGUCACUGCCCCCAUGCCAAAUGAGCCCAGGAUCCCAGCAACAAUUCCCAGGCUCACCCAGCAUGAAUAAGAACAACAUGCCAGUACAGUGGAACGAAGUCAGCUCAGGUACAGUGGAUAGCACUGCAAGGCUUCCAAAGCAGCAGCUCAUCCGAGGGAACCUAGCUGUGGUCCAACAAAAGCAGAACUUUAGCCCUCACCAGGGAUUUGGAUCAAAUCAACAGAUUUUGCCAAUGAGCCAGAAUUUGGCUGCUCUACAGCAGGGUUUCUCACCAAGAAACACACAAAGGAUGAACUCCAUCCAGCAUUACAGAGAACCAUCUACAAAUCAGAAUCUCAGUGAGCAAGUAAACCCCCAGCAAGGUUAUACCCAGGGCUUCAGUCCUAACAGUUUGUUAGGGAACACCAGCCUCCACCCCACAUGCAAUAGUAUGGCUUUGCCAAAUGGCAGAGCAAUGACAAUGCAAAACCAAGAUAUGCAGAACAUGUCAAGCUUCUCUCACAUGAACAAUCUCAACCAGCACAGUUACAUCCCUCCGUCACAGAUGGGCAAUCCGAAUGGAGGUCGAGUUCUGAUGCAACCAAGACCUCCAACCGAGCCCAAGCCCUCAAGCACACACCAUACAGGGUCAAGCAUGAUUCAGCAAAAUGUUUAUUCUCUAAGCAACCUCAACUCUAAUUUUAACACCUCAGAGGCCAGCCCAAAGAGACAAGGCUGCACUGGGCAUCACAAUAAUGGAGAUAACAAUGCCACAUACUAUUCAGGUGAGAUCCACAUGUUGGACUCAAGUGUUGGCUAUAACUUGCCCAAAUCUCCCUGUACCAAUCAGACUCCAAGUAAUACAGUGGCUACCAUGGCGUCACCAGGGGUCAAUCAUGUCACCAGCACAGUUGACUCAUCUCAGGUGCUAGAGCAUGCUCAAAUUGACUUUGAUGCCAUGUUGGAUGAUGGAGACCACUCUAGCCUAAUGUCUGGCACACUCAGCCCUGGCCUCCUGCAGAGCCUGUCCCAGAAUUCCUCUCGACUGACUACCCCACGUAAUUCUGUGACACUGGCCUCGGUACCAGCAGGCAUUGGCAACAUGGCUAUUGGUGAUAUGAGCUCUAUGCUGACUGCCCUUGCAGAGGAGAGUAAAUUUUUGAACAUGAUGGCUUAA